UAUUCUGAAAGAUGUAAAUUUGCCUGGAGCUAUAUUUCAAAAGAAAACAAAUUAUUUACCCAUAAUGUCAAGUAGAGCCGUACCUUCGAGGCGGACAGCGUCUUCGGACUACGAUGGACUAGAUAAAAGGAAUUGGAAAUUGAUUGCUUUUCGCUGGAUUAUCUUAAUAUUCGCUAUUAUCUGUAUCUAUUGCAACAUUAGCGAUAUGAUUUACGACAGCGGGAUAAUCAGUCAAUACGCAGAUAUCCCGGAAUGUGGUUUUGUAAAAUUUGAAAUAAUGGUGGUCGUGGUAAGUGUCUUAAUGCUAAUCACGAUGGCUGUAGGAUGGGGCUUGGUGCUCAAGCAGCAGCUAGUGACAUUGCGCUCUUACCUUACGUUUCUGUUCAUAUUUAGCUGGCUGCACCUGAUGAUAAUUCUCGUGCUGACACAGCGUUAUCCCCUUGUCCAUGAGAUCCACAGAAAAUGGAAAAAUGGAGAAAGCAUCAACACGUACGAGAUCAUGUACAAUUGCUGUGGUGUGUUUGGCCCGGAUGAUUAUCUGCUGAUAUAUGGCAAAUUGCCAAGCAGCUGCUUCGGCAAUGGCACCAUGGAGUCCAAGGAUCUUUAUUACAAUGGCUGCCUGAAUAAAAAUGAUAUAGAGUCCACCAUCGUACGCGUGGAGCUGCUCACGUCAUUAUUACAGUUAAUUUACUGCAUUUUGUUGUUGUGUUUUUAUUUGUUUCUGAAUCAAAUCAAAGCGCCGCAGCGUAGCCUUCGCGACUUGUGGAAAGACCGCAUCAUACUCUAGGUUUUCCUUACUUCGUUUUUUUUCGUGUCUCAAGCAACAAAUUGAAUUUGCAUUUGCAAGACAAAUUGGAUGGCAUUGAAAUUGGCAAUGGGUUGGGCAUUGGCAGCAGGGCUUACACUUCUCAUAUUUCACCAACAGCUGCAAUCAAUAACGAUAAACACUCGAGUGUCUGGCCAAAGCGAAAUCCUGCUCGGAGCCCUUGUCCGAGCGUACGCUCUGCAUAUGCAUGAGCCAAUAAAGAAAUCAACAAAGGCGAAU